CUUCGGCCUCACUCUGCAAAGCCGUGGACCUCGUGGGAGGCAAGGCAACUCUCUACUAGUAGUAGCCUCGCCACGCCCAGCCCCUGCAAAAACCCACCCGCCCAAGACGACCCUUACCACCUCCUCCUCCUGAUCCGAUCUGAGCCGGCCAUGGCGGUUAGGGUUUGGCUCUCCGCCAUCCUCCUCGCCUUCCUCCUCGCCGCUUCCCCUUUCGCACAAGUCGGGAGAGCCCAGUCGGAGGAAGAUGAUGCUAUGGCUGAAGUUGUCGAAGGUGCUGAUCUUGGAAUUGUGGGUGAUGACACUCCAGUUUCCAGUGAUGGACCUUUAAGCCCGGCUUCUGGUGUGGAAACAGUAUGUGUCUUCCCCAAAAAUGCUGGCAAAAUUGUACCAGCAGGUGAAGAAACUGAGCUAUUGGUUGGCCUGCAAAAUGAGGGUGAAUCAACUCUGAAUGUUGUUGCUGUCCAUUCAACUCUGCAUCUUCCUUAUGAUCAUCGUAUGUACGGCCAAAACCUUACAGUUCAGAACUUCUUCAAUGCAUCAGUCCCUGUCUCUGUGCAAGCAACCUUUCCCUAUACAUUUGCCGUGAGCAAGUUCUUGCAGCCUGGGGCAUAUGAUCUUGUUGGUUACAUAGUAUAUGAGAUCGACCAGCACCCCUAUCAGAACGUCUUCUACAACGGCACCAUUGAGGUUGUUGAGGUUGGAGGCCUACUGAGUGUUGAGUCUGUCUUCCUUAUUACCCUUGGAAUUGCACUUCUUGGUCUCCUAGGAUUGUGGGCUUAUGGACAAGUGCAACAGCUCUCGAAGAAAACAAAGAAGGCCCCCAAGGUGGAACUGGGAACUGGAACAACUGAUGCCAACAUGGAUGAGUGGCUGGAGGGUACUGCUUUUGCAAAGGGCAAAUCCAAGAAAAACAAAUAGAUUCAAGGUUGCUGAGCCUAGUUAAUCCUUUAAGGAUCUAGAAUGAGACAAUUGAGGAUAGGCCUUGAAAAGUAACUUGUCAGAAUGAUAGAUGAGAAUGCAGAGGUGUUUGAAUUAGUCCUGUGGCUGCAAAUCUUGUUGACACCAUUUUCGACCUUGUUGUGUACUUUACAUGAAAGUUCUCUUGAAUCACAAUUUUGUUGAAGGUAUAUGUUAUCGAUGGGAUUUCUGAUCUUA